GCUGCCUCCGCAGACAUCAACAACCUCAAUUCUUCCAAGCUGGGGAAAGAUUUGGAAGGCAUUGAGUUGUAUCCACUCUCUCAGCUCAGCUCUCCCACUUCUCCCAGCUACCCCCGCCCCUCUCUCCUCUCCUCCAACAUGGCAGACACGCGCAUCAAUGCUGUGGCAGCUUUACGACCCAUCAGGAACGUCGUCAGCGCAUCCUGGCUCUACCCAUUCAAAGGAAUCUACUAUUUCUGCACCCACCGCGCCUACUACCCUCUCUUCGGCCGACAUCUAAUCCCAUUAACCGUUACUUCGAUCGUGGUUCUGGGUCUCCUCUUCACUUUCACUUACCUUCCACAGGUCGCCUUUCUCGCCAUUUUCCAUGGACAUCUGGCUUGGUUCAAUGCGGCCUUCUUGGUCCUCGGGGAAGGACAGGCCUUGGUUGCAAUGCUCUUUGAAGCUUUCCUUGUUGACGAAACUCUAGUCAACGUUUUCGAUGCAACUCUUAUCAACGAAGGUCUAAUCUCCCUCGUCUCUCCGUCCCGAGUCCUUUUCCCAGAUGCUCCGAAUGCCGUAAAGAUGCUUGGCAAGCCGACAGAAAGCGCAGUCUACAGCCCCUUUUCCUUCCGCCAAAUUGCCGAAUUCAUCCUCUUCCUCCCUCUAAACUUAAUCCCCCUCGUGGGUACUCCCGCAUUUCUGGUCCUCACAGGCGCGCGAGCAGGGCCCUUACAUCAUUGGAGAUAUUUCAAGCUGAGGGGUCUAACCAAGAAGGAACGGAACGCAGAGAUCCGGACGAGAAGGUGGAAAUAUACCUGGUUUGGGACGAUCGCGCUGCUGUUGCAGCUGGUGCCCGUCCUAAGCAUGUUCUUUUUACUGACGACGGCAACGGGGUCAGCCCUGUGGGUUGUUAAACUGGAGGAGCAGAAAACAUUGAUUGAGGAGGCGCCGGUGCAGGAUGUUGAUGAGGAGCAGUUGCCUGCAUAUUCCGAUAAUCCGAUAUAGAUUGUUUGUGAAAUGAAAUAAAUUGUUUGCUG